UGGGCGCCGCCCCGCUUCCAGUGCGACAGGGAUGGUACUUGCGGAGGCCGAGCCCCGCGCACCCUCAGAGCGGGUGCACCGCAUGCUCCAGGGGGGCGUUUGGAGUCGGGGCCUCAGCCCCUAGCAGGGGCAUCGCUGUCUCCCCCUUGUCACCUCUGACACGCGUGUCCCCGCUGGUGUGUGGCCGUGCCUUCCCCGAGUGCGGCUUGCUGCCGUCGGACACGGCUUCUCUCUCGCCAGCUUUUCCGCUGGGCCCCUCUCCCACGCGUGUCGUGUGGUUCUCUGCCAUUCUGCAGCGCGAAGCUCUCCCGGCGCUUAGCGCUGUUGUUCUUUAUUUGCAGGCGAGCUGGCGACUGGCCGCAAUUCAGAAGAGUUGCAGCCACGGCCGAGGAGCUCCGUCAGCGCAACCUUUUACCGCAGGCAUGAUGUGCGUUGUACCAAUGAGUUGCCGGGCCUUGGUUACUGUGCAUCCACUGGGCUCAGAUGGAGCCUUGAAGAACCUCUGCAAAUGACUUAAAGAAGCUUCAGCCAGCCCUACAAUGUGACAUUAUAUUAAGAUCCCAAGCAACAGAGUGUGUUUCUUUUGUUUAGAAAAACAUGUGAAAGUCUCCUCCAGGAACGUGGCACCAUACUUCCUUUCAAGCUAAUUUUGAGUCUUGAUUUGAUCAUGUCUUUAAAUUGCUUUCAGCAAAGAACGUAUACCUCUAUCCAAAAAUGAGACUUUCAGGAUUGUCCUUGAAGAAAGAAGGAAGAUAUGAAACUGAGGACAUGCCAGAUUGCAAGCACAAUUUCUCAGAAGUUGUUAAGUCCUUGGCCCAAAGCAUCCAGCAACUUUAAGGAGGCUCUGUGCAUUUCAUAAUAGGGGAAGACUAAUGCAGAAAAAAUCAGCUGAAAUCUCUGUAAUAUUGAGUUACAAUGACAUCAGUGCCUGUUGGCUAUGGAAACCAUGGCAGCAUGUUACAUGGAUGGGAAAGACAUGAGUGGACAAUGUGGCCCAACUUCUGCAGAUUCCACGUCUUCUGCAUGAUGCUGGCAGUAUUAGCUGUCGUGGUGCUGAUUCACAACGUUCAUCAGUUAGAGCACUUGGAUCACAGCACAGUCUCAGGGUUAAAUUGGAUCACAGAACCUGGUGAUCGGCAGUCUUCAUCUCGGACAACUAAAAUUGCCAGCAAGACUUAUUGUGGUUACGAGCAUCAAAUUUUGUCCAAAAGAGAACGAGCUGAAGAGGAAUCCUUACUUGCUGCUAUACAAUGGCCAAAACCCCCUGAAGACAAAAUCCCUUUUGUACGAAGUACUGAUCCUGCCCACAGCGACUUCGUGAUUUUAAAUCAUCACGCACGUUUCAAGGUGGGUGAUCAGCUAGAGGUGUUAGUCCGUAUGAAAGAUUUUCAAGGCAAACCAAAGAAGUAUGGUGGUGACUAUCUACAGGCAAGAAUCCACUCUCCUGUGCUGAAAGCUGGUGCAACAGGAAGGGUUGUAGAUUACCAGAAUGGUUUUUACAAAGUCUUUUUCAUUUUGCUCUGGCCAGGGGAGGUCAAAGUGUCUGUGUCACUGGUCCACCCUAGCGAAGGGAUCCAAGUCCUUCAACGCUUACGGGAAGAAAAGCCAGACAGAGUUUACUUUAAAAGUUUAUUUAGAUCUGGAAGGAAUUCGGAAACAACUGUUUGCAAUGUGUGUUUGCCCGGAGAUCUUCCAGUAUGCAACUUCACUGAUCUCUACACUGGUGAACCAUGGUUCUGUUACAAGCCCAGAAAACUUCCCUGUGCCAGCAGAAUCAGCCAUGCCAAGGGGGGAUAUCAAAAGGGCCUUCUGACAGCAGCGGAGAAUCUCUUCUUCCAAAAUGAUGUGAAUAUCAAAAUGCCAGUAUUCUCCAGUGGCCCGGAUUCAGUGACUGUAAAGCCCCUGAGAUUUACAG